ACACAAACCCUCUCUCUCUCUCUCUCUCUCUCUCUCUCAUCAUCUCUUUGGAAACCCUUCUCUUUCUCUUUCUCUUUCUCUUUCUCUUUGCUUCUAUACUAUACUUAACACCUAGUUCUAAUCACUAGUACCAAAAUUCCAACCCCUAUUUUUGGGUUCUCAUAUAUUUCCUCCCUCCGAUCCAAUCCACAAAACUCCCCCAUUCUCCACCGUCCGAUUCCUCAUCUCUCCCAAUCUCCACCGUCCCUCCUCCGAUUGGCCACCUCCACGGUUCGGUUCCGAUCCACCUGGCUCGUUUUCCACCGAACCACAGCCUUUGACGGCUCCUUUUCUUUCUCCCUUCCAUAACUACCUCCCUUCCUCACUCACACGUGUCAACCACAUCCUGUUCGAGCUAGAUCUCUGUAACCGCCACCGGAAUCUCCGCAACCUUUUUCUUAGGCUGUUAUGGACGACGACAACGACGGAGGAGGCGGCGGCGGCGGCCGGGAUAGGCGGAGGAUGACGAUGUAUUCAAACUUGACCGACGUGGUGCUUGACUGCGUGAUGCCGUACAUCCACGACUCGAAGGACCGAGAUGCCGUGUCGCAGGUUUGCCGGCGGUGGUACGAGCUAGAUUCUCUCACGCGCAAGCACGUCACCAUCGCGCUCUGCUACACUACCACGCCGGAGAGGCUUCGCCGGCGGUUUCCUCACCUGGAAUCGCUGAUGCUGAAGGGGAAGCCGAGGGCGGCGAUGUUCAAUCUCAUACCAGAGGAUUGGGGUGGAUUUGUCACGCCGUGGGUGAAGGAGAUCUCGCAGUAUUUCGAUUGCUUGAAGUCGCUUCACUUUCGCCGCAUGAUUGUCACUGACUCCGAUCUUGAGGCUCUUGCUCGUUCACGCGCUCACACCCUUCAAGGGCUUAAGCUUGAAAAGUGCUCUGGUUUCUCCACUGACGGGCUUUACUAUAUUGGUAGCUUUUGCAGGAAUUUAAGAGUCUUGUUUAUGGAGGAAAGCUCUGUUGUUGAGAAUGAUGGUGACUGGCUCCAUGAGAUUGCUUUGAAUAAUUCAGUUCUCGAGACACUGAAUUUUUACUUGACCGAUAUUGCCAAUGUCAGUGUUAAGGACCUCGAACUUAUAGCCAAAAACUGCCCCAACUUAGUCUCUGUGAAAAUCACUGAUUGUGAAAUCUUGGAAUUGGUGAACUUCUUUCGAUAUGCUACUUCUCUAGAAGAAUUCAGUGGAGGUUCCUACAAUGAAGAACCGGAGAAAUACUCUGCUGUAUCGUUACCAGCAAAAUUAAAUCGGUUGGGCCUGACAUAUAUUGGAAAAAAUGAAAUGCCAAUCGUGUUCCCUUACGCAGCCCUAUUGAAAAAGCUGGAUCUUCUUUAUGCAAUGCUUGAUACCGAGGAUCAUUGUACCUUAAUCCAAAGGUGCCCCAACUUGGAAGUCCUUGAGUCAAGAAAUGUUAUUGGAGACAGAGGAUUAGAAGUACUUGCUCGCUGUUGUAAGAGGCUGAAAAGGCUUAGAAUUGAACGAGGUGACGAUGAUCAAGGAAUGGAGGACGAAGAAGGUGUAGUUUCCCAGAGAGGACUAAUCGCCUUAUCACAGGGGUGCCUAGAACUUGAAUACAUGGCUGUUUAUGUAUCCGACAUUACAAAUGCAUCUCUAGAGCAGAUUGGUGCUAACUUGAAAAACCUUUGUGAUUUUCGCCUAGUCUUACUAGACCGUGAGGAGAAAAUAACUGAUUUGCCACUUGACGAUGGGGUGAGGGCUUUACUCAGAGGUUGUGACAAGCUAAGAAGAUUCGCCUUGUAUCUCAGACCUGGAGGCUUAACUGAUGUAGGCCUUGGUUACAUAGGGCAAUACAGUCCAAACGUGAGAUGGAUGCUUCUUGGUUAUGUUGGGGAAACUGAUGCAGGUCUUUUAGAGUUCUCAAAAGGUUGCCCCAGCCUUCAGAAACUUGAAAUAAGAGGGUGCUCCUUUUUCAGUGAGUAUGCACUAGCUAUUGCUGCAACUAGACUCAAAUCUCUGAGGUAUCUUUGGGUGCAAGGUUAUGGAGCUUCUCCAUCUGGGCGUGAUCUUCUGGCCAUGGCUCGCCCCUAUUGGAACAUUGAGUUGAUUCCUUCGAGACGCGUGGUUGUUAAUCAUGAAGAGCCUAUAGUUCAGGAGCAUCCAGCACAUAUUCUUGCAUAUUACUCACUUGCUGGACCAAGAACAGAUUUUCCAGAUACUGUUAUACCUUUGGAUCCUGCAGCAGCUUAUGUUGUUGACACAUAAAGUUGUACUUGUACAUACCUUUUUUUUUUUCCUUGAAAAUCUUGUUUGUAAGUGAUUGCAGUGUUUUAGCAGAGGUUUCUAGUUUUCUCUGAAUUCGUAGACAUUAUAGUCUUGCAAUAAAACACUUUGUUUCUCUUUUUGUAAUUCAGAUAUGCUUCUUCUUCAAACUGGUGCUGCUAGUUCUCUUUCCCCUGAAGAUGCUCAAAUUUGUGAAUAUAAAGGAUUGUUUUUAUGUA